AUGAACCAGGACUCGCCUGUACUGCCAAGCAUCGAUGCAAACGGGCGACUUUGUUUCCUUUGCGGCACCCCUUCAGACGAGCGUGCGCCCAACCAGUCCUAUGUGGUAAGAGAUGAUUGUGGCAACCAUAGCUUGCUCGAGGAUUCCGAGAUGCUGGACGUGCCUUUGAGCAGCUUCCAGCGCGAAGCUACAGAAGAACACAAUGCAACCUUCGGCUGGUGCGAGCUCAAUGUGGAAAAGACGUGUGCUGAUGCUAUUUACAACCAGGAUUACAUGAUCUUCGCCAAAAGCGUCGAAAUUCCCGAUGUUGCACUGGUUCAUUACAAAGUUGCCUCUUGGGACCAGUACUACUGCUACUACAACGGGUGGCUCUCCGAUGAAAUCCGAGCACUGCAGCACGAUUUUAACGGAAUGUAUUUGAAAGGUGAAGAGCUGUGCAAUUCCGAUGCUCUUGUGCAGAGAGGGGCGAAGGGCAACAUGACGAUGAGAGACAUGCUGAAACACUGGCUAACUGCACUGCCGGGCUUCCCGGGGAGCCGUCCGAGCUAUGAGGAUGCGAUGUUCAUGGCAGCCUGGACAUGUGCUAUGGGCAGUGCGGCUUGUGAUAUGGCCUACUGUGCCUACACCUACUGCGUGAAAGGCGACGGGUUCGGAACCUACCACGAGUGUGAAGGAUGGGAUCCGGUCAAUGGCAUGCCCAUAGACAUGUAG